AAGGCCAUGCGGGGUACGUGCCCCGCCCCUCCCCGCCCGGAGCCCGGAUGAAGAGUAUCGCCAUUACCGCCGGAGCCGCUGAGAACCCUGGCGGACAGGGACUGGACCCCGGACUGGCCGCGCCAUGAGACUCCUGCCCCGCCUGCUUCUCCUUCUCUUGCUUGUGUUCCCCGCCACUGUCUUGCUCCGAGGCGGCCCCAGAGGCUCAUUAGCAGUGGCUCAAGAUCUUACAGAGGAUGAAGAAACAGUGGAAGAUUCAAUAAUUGAAGAUGAAGAUGAUGAAGCUGAGGUUGAAGAAGAUGAACCCACAGAUUUGGCAGAAGAUAAAGAGGAAGAAGAUAUAUCUGGUGAACCUGAAGCUUCACCAAGUGCAGAUACUACUAUCUUGUUUGUAAAAGGAGAAGAUUUUCCAGCAAAUAACAUUGUGAAGUUCCUGGUAGGCUUUACAAACAAGGGUACCGAAGAUUUCAUUGUUGAAUCCUUAGAUGCCUCAUUCCGUUAUCCUCAGGACUACCAGUUUUAUAUCCAGAAUUUCACAGCUCUUCCUCUGAACAUUGUAGUGCCACCUCAGAGACAAGCAACUAUUGAGUACUCCUUCAUUCCUGCAGAGCCUAUGGGUGGAUGACCCUUUGGUCUGGUCAUCAAUCUGAACUACAAAGAUUUGAAUGGCAAUGUAUUCCAAGAUGCAGUCUUCAAUCAAACAGUUACAGUUAUUGAAAGAGAAGAUGGGUUAGAUGGAGAAACAAUCUUUAUGUAUAUGUUCCUUGCUGGUCUUGGGCUUCUGGUUGUUGUUGGCCUUCAUCAACUCCUAGAGUCAAGAAAGCGCAAGAGACCCAUACAGAAAGUAGAAAUGGGUACCUCCAGUCAGAAUGACGUUGACAUGAGUUGGAUUCCUCAGGAAACUUUGAAUCAGAUCAAUAAAGCUUCACCAAGAAGGUUGCCCAGGAAACGGGCACAGAAGAGAUCAGUGGGAUCUGAUGAGUAAAUGUUCCUUUGUGCAACAAUUCAGUCUUUGCUUAACCUGCCCUAAUGUUUUUCGGCCUGAUGAGAAUUAGUGCAGAGAAGCCAUGUCACCAUAGAAGGCAACUACUACUUAUGUGUGGAGUGAGAAAUCAGAGUCUGUGGUGAUAAUAUUGCUGAAAAUGCACUGCAUUCGUUUUUCUAAAGUAAAAAUCUGGUUUUUUUAAAACCAUUAAAAUCUGUGUGUGUGUGUGUGUGAGAGCAGUUGGUUUUACCAGAAUCAUUGUUGAACUACCUGAAAUGAGCCUUUAGAAUACUAAAUAUUAUGCUUUUGUCUCUUCCUUUUUGACAUUUUCUGAUUUUCCUCCCCCCCAAAACUCAAUGAAUAUUUGCUCUAUAUGAUUGUUGAUGUCCUGCCUUGAAUAGUUUUAAAGGGAAGAAUUUGUUUCUUUCUUGGAAUAGCUCAAAUUUCAAUUGAUGGCACAAAUUAGUAUUUUGUUGUUGUUGUUUAACAACUAGUAUUCUAAAGGCACAAGCAGGAUUAGCUGCUUUUUGGCAAUAGAAUUGUUUGGUAUUUUGUUGCUGUUUACUAUAAGGCACACCUUCAGAAAACUUCCCAAAUGAAUUCAAGCAAUUUUGGGAUCUCUCUAGCAAACAAAAUUGUGAAACAUGAAAAUUCUGCUGACUUUGAUAUGUAAAACUUAACCCCUUUUUUAACAAAAAGAAAACAGUACAUUUGUGUAAACUGGGUUGUGUUGUCCAUUGUUACUGUACUUCUGACCCAGAGAUAGCUCUGGGAUGAUUUUAGACCUACUCAGGUUUUUUUUAAAGAAAUAAUUUUUCUCUCCUUAAUAGAUGCACCCCUUCUUAAGAAAAGUUGCCUUAGUCUACAGAUUAAGCAGAAAAUUAAAUUGUGGGGACAGAGAUAUAUGCCAGCUAAUCCUAGUCUUAAAAAAAAUGAGUUGGAUGUUUUAAAGCUGCUAACCAAUCUAAACUUUGGGGCGUUUUGGUUGUUGACAUAACCUUUUUUUCAGUUAAUUCAAAAAAUUCCAAAAAAUUGUGCUUAAGACCUUAGAACCAAAAUUAAACUAGACUUCAUAAAAUCCUCUUAGAGAGUUAUUCUUGCCCUAGGCAGUAAAUUAAGUUUGGCAUUAUUGUCAGACUAGAUAAAGGAUAAAGUAAAAACAAAUAAGAGGCUUUCCCUCUCUAUCUUUAAGCCAUAUUCUCCCACAUAUAUUUUGUAAGGAAAUGGUAAAUGGAAUUUUAGUGGCUCAUUAAUUCCUGACCUCUCUUCAUUCUCAUCCAAUUCAAUGCCCCUUACACCCAUGCCCACACAGACAAAAACAAAACAAAAUACAUACACAAACAAAAAAAGUCUUUCUGAGCUGUUAAAGUAUUUAAACAUCUGAGCCAAAGCCAAUGACAAUAGAAGUUAUUGUAUAAUUGUUAAACACUUUGCAGGGAGAGCCUAAAUUGUCAGAUUACCUAUAUUGGCAUUGCUGGACUAUAAACUUUGUACUAUAAAGUGUUUGAGUUUUCAAUUGGGCUGUAUGAUCGGUAGUUUGUUUUGAAAAAGCUCUAUGAGCUCUAACUCUGCAUGGUUUUUUUGUUUAAUGUAACAUAGGAGAGCCUUCAUAUUCUCAAGGAAUAUAUUCCAAAACAUUUUUGUGAAUAUUUAAGUUUGUGAAACUGCUAGAAUAUAAUGCAGCAAGUUGUUAGUACAAUAUUUAAAUGGCCUGUAGAGAGUCUCACUGAAUACGUGGUAAUACGUUGCAAAAUCACACCAAGCUAUACAGCUGCCAGCCCUCCUCACUCCUAAGCAAUUUGCCUUACAUACCAGCCCUUCGACUUCUGAGGUUCAAAUUAGUGCCUUCAGAAAUGUAGAAUUUAUUAUUUGUCAUGUUUUAUUCUUUUAGUGUAUAUUGGGAACAGUUGAAAACUCUUAAGUGCUCAGAUGCCAGGGGUCGUCUAUAGCAUCAGUAAGUAUUUAGCAGAAACUAACUCCAUAAUGAAUGGAAUUCAAUUCCACACAUGGUUUGUUCAAGCACACUUAAUAAGUAGCCUAUUUUUUAAAUGUAAAUAUUUGAAUGAAGUUUUUCUUUGUUUUGAUAUAUUCAUUUGCUACACCAACCAUGGCUUCAGAAUUCUUCUUUUCAACAACUUGGUUUCAGAAUACGUAAAAUGAACUUAAGGAUCUUGUGUAUCAAACCUGUCACCUCAAUGUGUGAGAAUAAUGUGUUCAUAAAGCAUGGAUCUUGC